AAAUGAGAUUGAAAUUCGUAUUAAAUUCACGCGUCUCUCAAGUUCUAGCAGUAGAAAGUAUAGUAGUCUUGUCAUGAAAUCCGUGUAAUGAUAGUUGUUGUAAGUAAUCUUCCUUAUGCAACAAAAAUAUCAACAAAAAAGGAAGAAAAAAAAUACUUAUACAGAGAGAGAAAUAGUGGAGCAUUUUGUUCAUCUUGCUUUGCUGAAAAUGGUGGAUUCACACUUAUAGGUGUAGCAGUACUGUAAAGCUUGGAUUUCGGUAAAGAUUGGUGCUUUUUUGGUUCAGGUGUAGGAGAACUGUGAAGCUUGGAUUUUGGUAAAGUUGAAGGUUUUCUUUUUGAGUUGAAAUUUGAGGGAAGCAAAAUGGCUAGUGACAAUGAUGAAGGUAGUAGUGAUAUGGUACAAAGACUGCAAUCAUCAUUUGGUACAUCAUCUUCUUCACUACCUAAACAGUUACAGCCUAUUUCAGUGAACCAAUUGGACAUACCACAGUUGACUACUUCCCAAUUUAGGGGUCAAAUGAGGCAAUUUUCUCCAAAUUUUGGCGUUGAUAAUAGUAAAAGAGUAGGUAUACCACCUUCUCACCCGCAAAUGCCUCCUAUUUCGCCAUAUUCUCAGAUCCCUUUAACCAGGCCAGGCAAUCAGCAAAUGGGUAUGCAGAAUUUUAGUCCAGGGGCAUCACAUUCGCGAUCUUUAUCACAACCAGCAUUUUUCUCACUUGAUUCCUUGCCACCCUUGAGCCCUUCACCGUAUAGGGAAUCCCCGUCCACAUCUAUGUCUGACCCAAUGUCAGCUGAUGUGUCAAUGUGUGAUCAGGAUGGCAAUUCACAUAGUUUAUUGCCACCGCCGCCUUUUUCGAGGUGUAAUUCAUCGAGGGCAGGGGAGAGGGAGAGUCUUCCUCCUCGCAAAGCUCAUAGGAGGUCUAAUAGUGAUAUACCUUUUGGAUUUUCGGCUAUAAUGCAGUCCUCGCCACCACUUGCUCCCUUAAGGUCAGUCCCUUCACGGGAUAAUUCGGGUGGUAAACCAGCUCAGUUGGUUAAACGUGAAACUAUGUGGGAUAGAGGAAACGAGAAUAACAAUGUUGAAGGGAUGGGUGAGAGGAAAUCUGAAGGAGAAGUUGUGGAUGACCUGUUUUCUGCGUAUAUGAAUUUGGAUAACAUUGAUGCGUUUAACUCUUCGGGGACUGAUGAGAAGCAGGGUAAUGAGAAUCGUGAAGAUUUAGACAGUAGAGCAAGUGGUACAAAGACGAAUGGUGGUGACAGCAGUGAUAAUGAAGCUACGAGCAGUGUCAAUGAUAGUGGUGGCAGUAUGCAGAAACUAGGGAUGUCGUCUUCAGUUGAGAAGAGGGAGGGGAUCAAAAGGAGUGCUGUGGGAGAUAUUGCUCCGACUACAAGACACUACAGGAGUGUUUCAAUGGAUAGUUUCAUGGGGAAGUUAAACUUCAUUGAUGAUUCACCUAAGUUGCCGCCAUCUCCUGGACCACGCCCAGGCCAACUCUCACCAACUAAUUCGCUUGAUGGAAAUUCAAACAGCUUCAGUUUGGAAUUUGGAAAUGGUGAAUUUAGCGGAGCUGAAUUGAAGAAAAUUAUGGCAAAUGAGAAACUUGCAGAGAUUGCUUUAACAGAUCCAAAACGUGCCAAAAGGAUUUUAGCCAACCGUCAAUCUGCUGCUCGUUCUAAAGAACGCAAGAUGAGAUACAUUGCUGAGUUAGAACACAAGGUACAGACAUUGCAGACUGAAGCCACCACAUUGUCUGCUCAACUGACCAUGUUGCAGAGAGAUGCGACUGGGCUAACAAGCCAAAAUAGCGAGCUGAAGUUCCGUUUGCAAUCCAUGGAACAGCAAGCUCAACUCCGUGAUGCUCUAAAUGAAGCAUUAACUGCUGAAGUACAACGCUUGAAGAUUGCAACAGCGGAGCUUAGUGCAGACGCUACCAAGUUUCAGCAGCUCUCUCUCAAUCCUCAGAUGUUGCAGUCGCAGCAACAACAGUCUAAUCAGCUAAACAUGCAUCAGUUGCAACAGCAGCAGCAGCAACAACAAUCAUCUCAGCCCCAACAGCAAGCUCAGGCACGACAGCAACUUAACAGCUCAGCUACGACUACACCUUCAAAGCAUGAAUCAAAGUAAUAGCUUUUGGGAAUAUCCAAUCUUCGUAAUAUUUAUAUUAGUUUGUUGAUAAACAUGUUGCAAGUGAUUUCCUAUCAUUCAUUCAUUUAGUUCUGCAUUCACAACAAAACACACUUAUUAUCUAUAGGGCAUGCAUGUUCAUUGGAGUUGCUAGUCACAAAGAGGGCUUUCGAUGUAUACAGUUGGUCUUUUUUUUUUGUUCAACAAGGAUAUUGAAUUCAGGGUUCAUAUGAACUUGACCCAUUUUGUUUUGUUAUUAGGGAAGUUAAAUUGAUUGAUGUUGGCCUGCUUUA